CUCCCCGGCACGCCUCUGCCCCGCUUUUCAUUUCCACUUCCCGCUUUCCCCACCCUCGCUUGUCGGCAACCGGCACCUCAAAAAGAGCGAGAGACGAAGUGAGGUGCGGAGGAGACGAGGCGCGGUUGAAGCUUUCGAGCUCUCUCUGUUGGUAGCGGCCUCUUCCUUCUUCUCUCCGUCUUGCCGAGAAAAUCCCUAGUAUCGCCCUUUCGCUCUCUCCGAGCUCUGGAUUUGUCCUUUGUCCAGGAAACUUGGUAGAAAUAUUAGAUCUUGGAAUCCUAGUUCGUGUGCUUGUUCUCUGAGAUCGUUUCAGGGUUUGAAGAUGGUGGGAGAUGCCAUUGAGAGGGCUCCGGUCGCUUUACCCAUGGUACCGGCGGUGUCUCCUGGUGGAGAAGAGAUUGCCUCGGUGGAGGCCACUGCUUCUGGGGGAAGGAGGUGUAGUCUGAGAUGGAUGGGGAAGGAGAGGCCUUACUAUGGGCGGAGGAAGGUGGAAACUGGCACAAAGAAGCAGGUGGUGAGGAAGAGAGCGAAGCUUGAUUUCGGGAAGCAAGUGUCUGAAGCUCCCUCGGCCUCGUUUCAGUCUGGUGAGCUGGUAGAUUUGAAUACUGGUGGUGGUCUAGAAGGAGAGGCCGUGCUGAACGGAGGUGGCGGUAAUGCAGUGAACGGAGAAGGUGGUGAUUGGGACCAGACAGGUCCUGGUAAGAGUGCACAAGCCAGGGUGAAGGAAACCCUAAGGGCUUUCAAUAGCCAUUACCUUCACUUUGUUCAGGGGGAAGAGCAAAGAUGUAAGCAAGUGGAGGCUAAACUUUCAAAAGUUCCUAAAUCUUCAAAUCCUAAGAGGGGAGGUGGUUGUGAAGAGGAUGUAAAGCGAGCAUCAAAACGACCUGAUCUUAAGGCAAUCAGCAAGAUGAUCAAGAUGGGAACUGUGCUGUACCCUGAGAAAAGGAUAGGCCAUCUUCCCGGAAUUGAUGUUGGCCACCAAUUUUAUUCACGAGCUGAAAUGGUGGUUGUAGGUCUUCAUAGUCACUGGUUGAAUGGAAUUGAUUACAUGGGACAAUCCUAUGCAAAAUUGGAGCAAUACAAGGGCUACAAGUUUCCCCUUGCAGUAUGCAUAGUGUUAUCGGGCAUGUAUGAAGAUGACCUGGACAACUCUGAAAAUAUUGUUUAUACUGGUCAAGGUGGACAUGAUUUGCUGGGUAAUAAGCAUCAGAUCCGGGAUCAAAAGAUGGAACGUGGUAAUUUGGCGUUAAAGAAUAGCAUGGAAAAUGGUUUGCCAGUUAGAGUUGUCCGUGGACAUGAGUCAGCAAGCAGCUACUGUGGAAAAAUUUAUACAUAUGAUGGCUUAUACAAGGUUGGUAGAUAUUGGGCUGAGAAGGGUAUAAGUGGAUUUACGGUAUUUAAAUACCAAUUGAAGCGGCUUGAGGCACAGCCAAGAUUGAUGACCGGCCAGGUUCGCUUUACUCAUGCACAAGCUCCUACAUCCUUCUCAGAGCUACAGGGGUUGGUCUGUCCAGAUAUCAGUGGGGGCCAAGAAAAGUUUCCUAUUCCAGUGACAAAUAUGGUCGAUGAUCUGCCAGUUGCUCCUAUAGGUUUUACAUACCAGAAAUCAUUACAAGUUGCUGAUAAUUUGAAGAUCCCUAUGAAUACUGUUGGAUGUAAGUGCAAAGGAUAUUGUAUAGAUCCAAGAACUUGUGCUUGUGCUAGACUAAAUGGCUCAGAUUUUCCAUACGUGCACAAGGAUGGUGGCAGAUUGGUUGAAGCUAAAGCUGUUGUGUUUGAGUGCGGUCCUAAUUGUGGAUGCGGUGUUGACUGUGUAAACAGAACAUCCCAGCAGGGUUUAAAAUACCGCCUAGAGGUAUUUCGCACACCGAAUAAAGGUUGGGCUGUUAGGUCAUGGGACACCAUUCCUUCUGGUGCUCCAAUUUGUGAAUAUACUGGAAUACUUAGGAAGACUGAUGAUGUUGAAAAUGUCUCUGAGAACAACUAUAUUUUUGAUAUAGAUUGUCUACAAACAAUGCAAGGCCUCGACGGAAGAGCGCGGCGGCCUGGGGAUAUCUCAUUUCUUACCAACUUCGAUGAUAAAAAGUCAGAAGUGCCAGAGUAUUGUAUUGAUGCAGGCUCAAUUGGUAACGUUGCAAGGUUCAUCAAUCAUAGCUGCCAGCCAAAUCUCUUUGUACAAUGUAUUUUGAGCUUGCAUCAUGACAUCAAAAUGGCCAAGAUAAUGUUGUUUGCUGCUGAUACUAUAUCUCCCUUGCAGGAGCUCACAUAUGACUAUGGCUAUGCUUUGGAUAGUGUAGUUGGAUCAGACGGAAAAAUUAUUAAGAUGCCAUGUUAUUGUGGAGCUGCUGACUGCAGGAAACGACUGUACUGAGAGAUUAUAGAUAAUAUUCUAUAUAAUUAAAGGUCUCAUUCAGUUGAAUAUUGAACGCAAUCUUCGUAUUCAUUUUUGUUAUCAAAGGCAAUUUGCAUGUCUUCUGCAAGGAUUUUUGACUUGUCGGAGCCAAAGUGCUUUGUGUUUUUUUUUCUUUUUUGACAAAUGGGGAUCGAUAAAUUGUACUUGGAAAAAAUAUUAUUUAAACAUGGAAGAUAUGUUAAAUGUGCUUAUUCAAAAGUGUAAAUUUGAUGACAUUGUUGUAUGAAUAUAAGUUGCUCUCAAUAAUUGAGUGAUGUCUCAAAUUGAUGCUUGAUUUUAC